AUGAUGUUCUCUUAUCAUCGCAGCAUAGGUACGAUAUAUUCGUUGGAGCUUUGUAUGAAUAUUCAGGAUAUUGGCGGAAGCUCGUCUAGUUCCAAUAAUGUGGAAGGGGUGAAAAAUCUGGGAGCGGUUGAUUUUGCACCGGGUCCGGAUAUAAGUAGGGCCCGUAGUCCAAGCUUCAAUGCGUUUGUUGUGCGGGAACAGAAUGCAAAUCUACAGGAACCGCGUCCCUCCCCUUCAACCUUACUUGGGUUCGAUAGGCAUCCUGAUGUUGGCAUUGCUGAAACUUCUGACGAUGAUAACAUUGAAGAAUUCAGUGGUGAUGAGGCAGAAGCCGUUCUGAAAACGCAACCUCUGCAUCGCAACUCCGUUCCUCCAACACCUGUCGAACCGGUAGGUGGAGGUGUAUCCUCCAGCACACCUGCACACUACCUGUCCCUGAAUCUUGGAGCAAUGCAUUCGAGUAACGCAGAGGACAGACCUAACAGUUACGCUCUGUCAGGCGAGAUGGAGCUCGAAAUUGGGUUAAAGUUUCUGAACCGGAAAUCAGCGAUGCUGGCAGUCAAAAACUACAACAUCCGUAGGAGUGCAGAGUAUAAGGUCGUAGAGUCGGACCAAAGGAGUUGCGAAGACAAUGUCUUCCAGAUUCUGGAAAAUUCGAAAUACGAUGGGUCUCAUAGUUGCUUGGCAAGUUCGAUGUCUCAAGAUCACGCUCAACUAGAUAGCAAUGUGAUCUGCCAGCACAUAUUCCCCAUGGUGCAUGCUGAUGCGACUAUUUGUGUAAAGGUGUUGCAAGGGUCGGUAGAGUCAGCGUACGGGUACAAGGUAUCUUACAAGAAGGUUUGGCACGCGAAGCAGAAGGCAGUCGAAAGGAUCUAUGGUGAUUGGGAUGAGUCCUAUGACCAGUUGCGCAGAUACUUUAAUGCACUGCAAGCUUUCGUCUCAGGUAUUCAUUGCAAUUUACUUUCGUAUGGUCUUUGCUAUUCGUUAUCCAUUUACUCCUUAACAACUUUGACUAAGUAA